AUGGUUGUGAAACAAUAUUUGGUGGUUGUGUUUGUCAUUUUGGUUGUGGGAUAUGUGGAGGCCAGGAAGUUGGGGCAAAAUGUUGAAGUCGAGCAUGAUUGCGCCAAAAAAAGUGGCGGUGGCGGUGGUGCCGGAGGUGGCAUCGGUGGUGGUGUGAAAGGAAAUGUUAGUGGUAGUGUUAGAGGUGAAGUUGCUGGAAGCGGUGAGGGAGGAAGCACAGGCAUAACCCAACAACACACGGGUUCAAGCAGUGGCCAUAGUGAUGGAAACCAACAUAAAAAAAAGGAAAAUAAUCACCACAAAGGAGUUGGAGAUGGGAGUAAAGGUGGUAAUGGGAAGGGAGGUGGUGUUGUGGAUGAAAAUGGUGAAGAAAAACACAAAGGAAACAAUGGAGGCGGAGACAUAGGCAGUGGAAAAGGAGGAGCUGGAAUUAGUAGUGGAUCUAAGGUUGACGAAGGUGGUGAUAAUGUGGGUGGAAUCGGUGUUGGUGCUGGUGCAGGAAAAGUCAAAGGAACCAGUGGAGGUGAAAACACAGGUCAAACAAAAGGAAGUGGUGACAUUGGAGCUGGUGUCGGUGCCGGUGCCGGUGCCGGUGUUGGUGCCAAAGUAGGCAAAGGAAUUGAUGGGGAGAAAGAAGUUGGGACUGGUGGUGGAGUUGGGGCCGGGGUCAGUGGGGGAAUUAAGGGUGGUGCAGGUGUAGGUGCUGGGGCCGGUGCCAGAGUAGGCAAAGGUAUUGGUGUAAAGAAAGAAGAAGUUGGGACUGGUGGUCGAGCUGGGGUCGGUGCAGGUGCCGGUGCAGGUGCUGGUGCUGGUGCUGGUGGAGGAAUUAAUGGUGGAAUAGGUGCAGGUGCUGGUGUUGGGGCUGGUGAAGGAAUUGGUGGAGGAAAAGCAGGAGUUGGGACUGGUGGUAGAGCUGGGCUCGGGGUUGGUGGAGGAAUUAUGGGUGGAAUAGGUGCAGGUGUCGGUGCUGGUGCUGGUGCUGGAGUAGGCAAAGGAAUUGGUGGAGGAAAAGGAGGAGUUGGGACUGGUGGUGGAGCUGGGCUCGGGGUUGGUGGAGGAAUUAUGGGUGGAAUAGGUGCAGGCGUCGGUGCUGGUGCUGGAGUAGGCAAAGGAAUUGGUGGAGGAAAAGGAGGAGUUGGGACUGGUGGUGGAGCUGGGAUCGGGGUUGGUGGAGGAAUUAUGGGUGGUGCAGGUGCAGGUGCAGGUGUCGGUGCUGGUGCUGGUGUCGGUGCACGUGCUGGUGCUGGUGCCGGAGUAGGCAAAGGAAUCGGUGUAGGAAAAAGAGGAACACAUGUUGGUGUCGAUUCUGAUGGGGAAACAGGAAAAGGGACUAGUACAGGUGGCUUUGGUGGUGGAGCUGGAGUAGGUGGUGGUAUUUGGGGUGGAAUUGGAGUAGGUGCUCGUGGAGGUGUAGGUGGGAUUGAAGAUGGUAGCGUUGGUGGUGGAGCUGGAGCUGGAACUGGGGCCGGUAUAGGUGGUGGUAUUGGGGUUGGAAUAGGAGCAGGCGUUGGUGGAGGUUUAGGUGAGAGAAAUGAUGGUACUGUUGGAAGUGGAUUAGGGGCUGGCAUAGGCGGUGGCAUUAGAGGUGGAAUCGGCGCAGGUGCCGGUGGAGGACUAGGUGGGGGAAAAUAUGGUAAUGUUGGUAGUGGGGCAGGAGUUGGCAUAGGUGGUGGUAUUGGGGCUGGAAUUGGUGCUGGUGGAGGUGGAGACCUAGGUGAUGGAAAUUGGAAUAAAAUCGGCGGUGGAGCCGGGGCAGGGGUAGGAGGUGGUAUUAUGGGUGGAAUUGGAGCUGGUGCUGGUGCAGGUGUAGGUGCAGGUGGAAAUAGGGGCAACCUUGGUGGCGGAGCUGGAGCUGGAGCUGGUGUAGGUGCAGGUGCAGGUUUUGGGGGUGGAAUCAGUGCAGGCACCGGUAAAGAUGGAGGGCUAGGUAAAGGAAUCAAUUGGGGUAGAGAUGUAGGUGGGGGGAAAAUAAGGAGGUAG